UUGGUCACACUUGACAAUAAGCCGAGCUCAGAAGUUUUUUAUUCAAUUUUUAAUCCGGCCCGCAAGCAACAACAAGUUGGUUAUCGCUCUUGUUAUUUUAGUCGUUGUUAUUACUAUUUUCCCGAGAAAGUACAAGAACCAAUUAAAAUUGAACGCGUCAGUGAACGUGUUUUAUUUUUUUUUUUGUGAUUCAGUUUGAUUUUUUGUUGUUGCUUCGUGCGUAGAAUUUGUGAAAAGAGAAAGUUCUGCUUUGGGUCUUUCUCCACCUCUCUUUCUACCAUUUACAGUCGUGGCCAAGAAGUUGCGCCUGCGCAGCGACAAUUUCACAAGAAAUUGAGGUCGAUUGAUUGUGGAAAUCUUAUUAAAGAACCAUGGGCACCAAGCAAACAACCUCAACAGUCGCCAGCAAGGGCAAAACCGGCGACUCGCCCAGCGGAUCGCCCUCGAAAGUGAAGUGCAAUGGCACUCAGAGCCUGAGCAAGGGCAAAAACAAGGAGGUGAAUGCUCUGCCGCCCCAGAAAUCCGUGGUGGUGGCCUAUCUGUGCUGGCUUUUCGGAGGGAUCUUCGGACUGCACCAUCUGUAUCUGCAUCGCGAUCGUCACGCCUUCAUUUGGUGGUGCACCCUGGGCGGCUACAUGGGCAUCGGAUGGAUGGGCGAGCUCUUUCUGAUCCCGGAAUAUGUGAGGGAUGCCAACGAGGAUCCGCGUUUCGUCAAGAUGUUCGUGGCCAAGCUGCAGGCGUAUCCAAAGCCGCCGUACUCAUCGAAGAGAUUCGUGGGCCAGGUGAUGAUCGGCCAUCUGUUCGGUCAGGUGUGUGCCAUGGCCAUUCCGGAGUCGCUCGUGGGCGGCUACGACCUGAGCUUCUUGCACUGGGCCAUCCCGCUGUUCGUGUCGCUGGGCGUCUGGCUGGUGGGCAACAUUGGCCGGGAGCAGGGCGUCUGGUGGCACUGCCUCCUGGCCGCCUAUCUGGCCUAUCCGGCUAGGUAUCUGAUCUACGACGAGACCUACUCCCUGCUGUUCACUGGCCUCGUGGCGGCUUUGACCUUCGACGGCCUCUCGAAGCAGUGGCGCCGCACUCCACCCCGACGAGGAGGCGCUGGGGAGAGGACCUUCAAGCUGACCACCGCCGUCGUCAUCUACUGCGCCUUCUGGGGCAGUUUCCUGUACUUCAACGGCACCAUUUCGGACGAGGACGGCGGCGAGGUGCCCAUCCACGAGGCCAUCCACAACUUCCUGGCCUCCGCCUGGUGGACGGACCUCAAGCAGGCCCUGCUGGACACUUACAACUAUGCGCAGCAUCACGGCUGGUACGAGACCUGGAAGGAGGUGUUCGAGAGCAUGGACGUGGAUGGGGAGCGCAAUUCGUACAAGGUGCUGGGCGUGAGUGCCACCGCUUCGCAGGCGGAGAUCACCGCUGCGUACAGGAAGCUAUCCAAGGAGUACCAUCCCGACAAGGUCAAAGACGACGGAUUGCGGGCGCAGGCCCACCAGCAAUUCAUCGAGAUCCAACAGGCAUACAGUGUGCUCAGCAAGAUCAAAUCCAACAGGCGGCGCAAGAACAAGCAGUACCAGGAGGACGAAGCCAUCGUCCUGUGAGAACAGCCGUACUCAAUCUAGUCUAAGAUAGCUUGCAUUUCAACACCCAGAACUCAUGGCACAAGAUGUUGGUCUGUUCUUGAAUUUUAUUGUUAGCUAAACCCACAAAUUAGAGGACCAAAAUGCUUUCUUUGUUGUAAAUCCUAAAAACUAUUAGUGUUUAAGUAUAACUAAAAUAACAAAUCAUUAUUUAACUUUCGAUUUCAAAUGUUUAUGUAAGGGUUUCCUACAAAUUGGGACUACCUAAUAAGCUGUGUCUUAAAAUGUUAUUUUAAAUUUCAGAAAAUUAAUUAUGUUUCAGUUUCCACGUACAUUGUAUAUUAUAGUGCUUUGAAAUUAAAACAGUUAAGAAAAACUUCUGACAAUUAGAUAAAUCCUUGUAAUGAGUGUCCAUUAGUCGCAGCUUUAAAAAAAAUGGGAAAAAUACUACAAAUUAGUUGCGCUUACGUUACGAUAAGAAAAA